AAAAAAUUCUUCGUUCAGUUCUCUGAUCUGUAGAGCACAUCAGCGAGGUUGCGCUUGUCGUCAUGAGAGUUUUUUUUUUUUCUUCAGUGUACCCUCUUGAAAUUCUCGUACAGUUGUACCACUGAGGAUCGUAUGUCGUCGCAACAAGAUACUCAAGCGCUCGAACAUGUCCAUGGAUGAUGAUAUGCCUCUUCAGUUGGUGGCGACAACCAGCCAUGUCGCCACCGCCUUCGAAAUGGCCCGCGUGCCGCUUGCGACGGUUGGCACCGGGGAGCAGUCGCGAAGUCGGGGCAUCAUGUUUUCCCCGAAGCUGUCAAGCUUGACGCAUGUGCGGACGUGGCUCUCCAACGUGCUUCUGCCAGCUGAGGACGGGUGGCGGAUCGACUCCGUGGACGUGAGCACCUUCGGCUACUCCCCGACAGUGCUCGCGACGGUUUCACGAGAGGUAGGCGGGACCAGCUCCGCCACCGAAGAGGAAAUUAAAGAAGUGACGAAAGGCAAAAGCUCAAACGUGCAGAAGCAGGACAUCAAGGACCAGGCCAACCAAUCGGCCAAAGCAGCCGGCGCGCCCGCAGUAGUAGAUAAUGGGAGCGGCGAACGGAAGCUGGGCGACGAGAAGCCGGUUGAUGUAGCACAGACCUCCGCCGGAGAAAGUGGUGAAAAUGCGUCUUGUGGUCUAGUGGUCGACGCAAAGGCCAAAGCCGACUGCGGCACGGGCGCCGCAGCAAGCAAGAAUGCAGUCGGGGAAAAGAAGGAAGUAGACAAGAAAAGCUCCGGUGCAGGUGGAGAAAACAAAAAUGCACCAGAGGCGAGCGACGAGGAGGAAGCUCCAAUCCGGUACGUUCGGCUCGUCGACAUCUCCGGUAACGAGUACGGUGUGACCAUCCAGGGUUUGGAUGCUAAAGAUCAGCCGACGCUGAAGAUCAACCGCUCCUGGACGCUGCGGGAGGCGAGGGAGCAGAUCCAACGCUGCUUUCCCGACCGCACGUUGCAGUUCGUGCCGCAGCUCACGGAGGACGCGGUAUCGGAUAACGAGGGGAAGAGCGAUGCGGUUCUGAGCGACGUGGAGAUGAACAGCGACGACUUUUCUCCGCUUGCAGACGACAUGGACAUCGACGACGGGGGCCUGUCUCCAGUCCGGAACAAGAGGGAGAAGAGCACCGGUAAGCAGGAACCGGACAUAAAAGCCGGCAGUGAAGAUGACGGUAGCAAGCAGCCUGAGGAAGAGCAGAAACCCGCUGGAGAAAAGGACCCAGACGACCGCCUGGUGGACGAGUUGGUGCACAAAAGUGGCGAUGAACUGGUUUUACUGUGGUUUCCGGCCCAAAAGGAUGAGGAAGAGGAGGCGGAAACCGAAGAUGCAGAUGACUCUAGUGACAACGUAGGGUUUCCGUUCUCCGAUGAAGAGGAUUUUCCAGCAAGAUGAUGAUGAUCAUGAUAAUCCGAACUUCCCUCUUGACCUCCAGAUCGCCUUCAAAAAUCAAGCACAUUCUGGAACCGGGUAACUUUUCUGCCGGCCGCCGGCCGGAUGAAAAGUUACGCAAGUUCUGACACUGGCUUACAGUUCAAGUUGCAGGAGGUUUCUUUCCAUGAGUUUUUUCUUUGUAGCGAGGGACAAGUCAAGACCUCUAGAUAGAAAGCAAGAUCCCGGUUCUUGACAGAUCAAACUCAAAAGAUUCAGAUCAUGUUGCAUGUUUUGGCGAGUUUUGAUGAAGACAUAGAGGCAACUGCGAAAUCUGCGCAUGGUACGUGUCUUCAACAGCUUCAACACCAGAUAGAGCCGCGUGGUAAGAUGAUAGAUGUACAUCGUUGGUCACGGAAGUGGCAGGCUGGACAAAAAGUGCUCCAAGAUGAUUCUGCA